AGCUGGUUUGCAUCAAAUCGCAGAAUUACCGCAUUCUGAGACUAGAGCUACUUGUGGAUGUACCUGAACAUCGGAAAAGGUACAACUUGCUUCAGAUUGAGUCUCUAACAUCACCCACGCUGGUGCAGGUAAAAUGCACAUCGGCCGCGAAGUAACUAUAGCUACCUACACUCUAGUCUCUCCUAUCUAAGUUCACCCUCGUGAUUGACCACGUAUUCCCACCCCCCUCAUUUUCGUCCUCAAAAGAUCUUUUCCACCACUUAACCAACAGUAGUAGUAGUCCACAAGUAGGGCCUCACUAGCCAAGGCAGACACCUUACGGUAGGAUGAAGGGAUAUUCCCGUACACUGAAGGUACCUGUUCAUAGUCCCGAUCGGAUAUACGGCUUGAGGUGGGCCAUUGAGGUUUUUCAAUCAUUUGGGGGCCCCUCUCUACAUGAGGGAAAUAAAAAGGAAAUCCAUCUCAAUGAGGAAAUUUCCCUAAAGCACGAAAAGGAAGUUGGCACCUCCGAGGUCCGAGUCAAGCAGUCUCCGAUGCCGAUUCAGGCAAUCAGCACGUCCGUCUGGGCUGGUUACUUCCGUUAUCCGUUCAACUUGUUCCUCGGUAUCAAUAUGGAAAGCGCUACCUCAGUUAACCUUGAGGUUUUUCGCUGUCCCCUCAAAGAAGUGGACAAGUGUGACGAUAGCCAGCCAGGCAGCAAGCAAACCUCUAGCGGCUGGCCAAUGAUCGGCCAGCGCCGCCAGACCCGAUCCAUUCUGGUUCCUUUGGACUGCGUCAAUAAUCCCAAGAAAAUGAAAAAAAGAAAUCCAUGGGGACUAGACUAA